UAGGUUACGGUGACCGCUUUCCAUCAGGCGAGCCGUAUACCUGUUUGCCACCGACGUGGUAUAAAAAAAAAUGGUCGAGCGCAAAGGGUGGUGCUGUAAUGGCAUAUUAGCCACUUUCUAUGUUUAGCAGUAACACAAUGGUUUACUGCGACAUAACGCAUAUUGCUUGGUCAGCGGCAACCGACACAUGUAUAUAUAGGCAUGUUUUAUUAAAUAAACCGCUUCAUAUACGACUCAUACUUUGCCUAUGAAUCAACCAUCCUCAACUGUCCUCUAAUAUUACAUGUAGGGUUUGCAAUCCGGAUAUUCGAAUAUCCGGAUUGUGAUAUGUGAACAAGUCACAGUCGUAGAUAUCGACUCUCUCCGCCCGAGAGAUAAGAGCAACUGCAUCGUAGCUAAGACAUCGAAUUUGUUGAGAACAGAAAAAGCAGCAGCAAUGAAGCAAAGAGGCCCGUACUCUCCGUACCUAGGAUCCUCGACCCCGGAAAAGAUAAUGAAGCCCAAGCUGUCAGUGAUCAGCCCUAACCCAGCAGUUAAAUCAGUAAUGAAAUUGUAUUACAUACAAUCCUAUUUAGAGAGGAUGAACCCUCAGAGUAAUUUAAUAGAUUUGAUUAAGCAGAUGAUUGCGAACAAACUGGCAGGGCUGCCUGAGAUUUUCUCAACAGAGCCUAUAUCAAGAUGGUGCGGGAUUAACUAUGGUGGUAGUUACGAACACCGUUUUAGAGCCUCAUCCCAGAAGCGUUCGGCCUUGUAUGCACUCUCGACAACAUUGGCGACCCAUAUAAGCAUAAACACAAAUCAGUUGGGGCAGGCACUCAGAGGUCAGGAAGAUUACAACUUAUUUUUCCAGGAGCUUUUCCUUUACAUCCAAAACUAUGCCGCCGAAGCAGCUACCUGUGAUGCUCGAAUUCCAGAAGAGUACGGUGUUCCGCUUAUGUGUCCGCAAUGUACCUACUUGAUCACAGACCCGCAAGUCCAGAUGGAGCGUAGUCCGAACAUAGGAGUAGCAAGAGAAAUUGAGUACAAUCCUUGCUAUUUACUAGAUGGUGAUAGAGAAAGAAACAUCCGGGACUGUGUUGCAGCUAUGUCAGUUGACCUGGGACGUAAAUUGGCCAACACGCUAGACAGACAUACAGAUGUUCACGAUGAGAAAGAGUCAAUAGGCCUGAGCAAAACUAAUGACUGCACUGACAGGCUUGCGAGUAACUUGAUGACAGAGUUUCGCUCAGCGAGCCUACCUUACUUGAUCGUAGGAUUAAUGCAAGGAAGUGUCGACUUGACAAACUACCUUCAUGGCAAAACAUUUGUCUAUCCGAAGGGAAUGUUUGACCAUUUAGCCUAUCUAAUAUUAAAUGGCGGUCGCGAGAAUGAAGUCAUUAGGUGGCUCCAAAUUCCACCUUUAAAGCAUGCAAUAUUUACCCAACCUAGGAGUCUAUCCGGAGUCUUGGCGGAAUCUGUCAAGAAACACAUAACAGAACACGCGCGUGACUACUAUGAGGCAACCUUGACGAUAUUCUUUGCUUCAGACACUCUUGGGUAUCAGCAACACGUUUGGAACUUAUAUUUAAAGAAAUACUUGGAUAUGACAACGACGAUGAGCAAAUUCGAAAAAGCAGGAGCUCUAUCCGUCACACGCGUUCACGAGCAGGGAGCAAGGCGAUGGCUUGACCUGUGCCCUGUAGUGGCACUGAAUGGGUAUUCAAACUUCUACGGGUUCGACCAGGCAAUUGCAAUCCUGGUCUGGCGAGACCUGAAGGGUGAGUUCACUGAGCAUCUUUCACCUGCACUGCCUCUUGCUGAUACGAUCGACCAGAAGCUGUCUACCAAGGCAAACAUAUCUCGCUUGACGUCAGGGUUUCUCGCUUACCCGGCAAGGAAAUCACCAUGCUAUGCCUUUAGUGAAUCAAUUCUGAGACGAACAGGAAGCGACAACGCGGCCAGCCUACCAAGACCCGCCGACACACCAGAGGCGAGCAGGCCAAGGGAACCCUCCAGCCUGCCAGGACCAGGCGAGCCAGGCUCCAACGGCCCCGUCGCAGCCCCCGCGGACCAUCGUGCGACCGAUAGCCACCGUGGCACCAAUGCCACCACGGGCCGCACAACUGCCUCAAACGACGGCACAGGAAAUCCCGCCGCUCAGCACACCAGCACAGACCACGCCGUUUACAAGGGCACGUAG